GGUAGGUCUCAUGGUCGGCUACACUCCUCCAUCGGUCAGCCUACCGAGAGCCGCUAUGCGGACAGAGCGAAGUUGGCACGCCUCCUCAUCUGAGUGCUGAAGUGCUUAUUUGAUUCCCGUAGUGCCUUGCUUUAAAUAAAGAAGGAUGUCUGCACACUCGCUUCCCGUCAGGGACGCUGCAUUCCAUCAGCGUCUUCUACAGCAGUAUUUGGUUCUGCUAAAACGGUAUCCAGUCCUCACCAAAUCCGUAACUAGUGGAAUCCUCUCAGCUUUGGGAAAUCUGCUGUCUCAGGGGCUUGAAAAAAGAGGUGGAACACAUGAUUCCGAAAAGCCUCUGAACUGGCUUGGACCAACACGGUUUGCCAUUUAUGGGCUCUUUUUUACUGGACCAAUUAGUCAUUAUUUUUACCAGUGCCUGGAGCUGCUUGUCCCUUCAACUACCUCAUACAGCAUUUUGAAAAGGCUGCUAUUAGACAGACUAAUAUUCGCCCCAGCCUUCCUUCUGUUGUUCUUCCUCGUAAUGAACUUCUUGGAGGGAAAGAGUUGGUCUACCCUUCAAGAUAAGGUCAAGAAAGGUUACUGGACAGCCUUGAAAAUGAAUUGGAAAGUGUGGACUCCAUUCCAGUUUAUUAACAUUAACUACGUCCCAGUACAGUUCCGUGUGCUGUUUGCCAAUUUUGUGGCAUUGUUUUGGUAUGCCUACCUUGCCUCUGUCAGGAAGUGACAUCGCCAGCUGUGGAAAUGAAUUUAAAGAAUGAAGACUAUUCUUUCUUUCUCUAGCCUCCUCGUGGGGUGAGGGCUCACAGUAUGAAUAGCUCUUCAUGGAAGAUGAAAAAACAGAUACUAAUUUAUAGUUUCCACAGCUUUGGAUAAUAACAGGCUGGUAGGAGAACAUCUAAAUUGACACCAUUGAUUAAAAAAGUAAACCUCAUUUGGUGACCAGUCUCAUCUUCUCAGUUGUCCAGAAAUCAGUGUGCACAAUAGGAGUUGAGCAGGACGAUCAUUGAAAAUGAAAAACUAUUAUUUCACGAGCGAACUUUAUACUUUUUAAUUUACUAAUUGUUUGAUGUAAUGUGGAGAAAUAAAAAACUAGUUGGAAUCCA